CUUGUGUCGACGGGUCGCCGCGUGUGAUAUUAUAAGGAUACAACGAACAAAAACUGAUUUUUAACAUCAUGCCUCCUAAAAGGGCACCUUGGUGCGAGGAGGAUUUAAUAUCAGCAGUUCGAUCUGUUCAACGCGGUACUCUAAGUACAUAUGGGGCUGCGGCAAGGUUUAAUAUUCCCAGAAGAACUGGCUAAAGGCUUUUAUGAAGAGAAAUCCGGUAAUUUCUAAAAGAAAAGCACAGUUUAUGAAUCCAGCUAAUUAAUCACCCUGAAAGACUUUAUAAUAUAGAUGAAAAAGGAUGCCGCUUGACUAUUCACCACCAGCCAACCGUUUUAGCUAAGAAAGGGGUAAAACGUGUUCACUUUCAAUCGUCAGAACAUGCAGAGAGUGUGACAAUUGCAGGAUGUGUCAAUGCCCUUGGAAUACCAAUACCUCCUAUGAUUAUUUUUAAAGGAAAGAGGCUAAAGCCAGAAUUACAUGAUAAUUUGCCACCAGGAACUCUAGUGGAAAAAUCAAGUAAAGGCUACAUGACUAACGAACUUUUUAAAGAAUUCCUCAAGCACUUAGCCCGAUACAAAAGUCCAGGAAGGUGCCUCUUAGUUUUUGAUAGUGCAGCUUGUCAUCUUAAUUUGUCAAUUGUUGAUGUUGGAGACUCACUUGAUAUAGAUCUCUACUGUUUGCCAUCGAAUACAACACAUGAGCUUCAACCCCUCGACAAAUCUGUAUAUCGUUCAUUUGAGCAUCAUUGGGAUAAUGAGGUAUUAUUAUUCUUGGAUCAGAAUCCUAACAAAAAGCUGACCAAAUCACAUUUUAACAUCAUACUUUCAAAUGUUUGGUCUAAAUGCAUGACACAUAGUAACAUUAUAAACGGUUUUAAGGCUGGUCUGUUUCCAUUAAAUCCCGAGGCAAUUCCAGAAACAGCAUUUGCUCCUUCAAUUCUCUCAGACGUACUGGCACCGGAUGAUACCCACAAAGAAAAUAGGCGUCCACCUGAAUCUCCUCAACCUGGUCCGCCUGGAAUGGCAUCCAACAAGUCUGGCAAAUUUUCCUAUUCCAAUGUUUACUCUUCUGACUCGGAUUCGACUGAUGACCAUAUCCCUCUUGCUGAAUUAAAGAGACGAACAACAAAAGUCACUUCUUUUAAUGAGCUUUUGCCCACACCAAUAAAAACUAAUGAAAAACCUAAAAAAAAUCGAAAAAAAGCUCUAAACUACAAAGGAACUCCAGUCACUAGAGAUCUUUUUACCGAGGAGAACAAAAGUCGUGCCAAAUUGAAUAAAGAUAUCGAAAGCUCCAGGGAAAAGUUAAGUACCGAAUGGUAUUACCAUGGAUGUGAGGAAGACAGGCAGGCCGAUAUGAGGCAGUGCAGCAAAUGUCUUAAAUGGUACCAUGAGGUAGGCAUUGGCUUAACAGACAAUGACAUGGAUGAUUUUAAGUGUCCCGAUGGCUGCUAGACUUCGCCCAAUUAACAAGUUGUGCCAUUUUUAUGUAUAGGUUUUAUUAAACCUC